GAAAGUUCUUAAAAAACCCUUAGGAUGAUGUUUCGAGCUAAAAAUGUAGUAUCUGUGAAAAGAAAGACUUUAUCAAAAUGUCGAUCAUCCAUGAAGUGUUUUUGGUUCAUUUAGUAGCUAAUAUGCUUGCACUGACUUGUGGAUUGAACUCAACUAUUAAACAGGAUUUGCCAACCGAGAGUCCUGAAACGUCAGCCACGGAACCAAGUGUUUCAAUGAGUCGAAAGAUUCGUGAUUGGUUUCUCAAUGGCUUAGCCUGGAAAACAGCAACAGUGGUGGCUGGUGGUUUACUUCUCUUAACUCUGCUGGUUCUCACUCUUUAUAGAAUACGAAAGCGGAGGAUUUCAAAGAAUCAAACAUUACAAGUCUUACAAGAACCAACGGUUGAAAUCUGCGUUCCACGGGAUAAUACGUUUAUGGGAAGUCAUUCGACAGGUGUUGUACAUAAGGCUGAUAUUCAAAAAUGCACUUCACCCACCGAAAAACCGCGCGUCAAAUCAAAGAUGUUGAGAUCUUUCAAAGAAGACAAUCCUAACAUUCAGCAGCCUCGAGGAUGUAAAAAUGACCCAGGAAAUGGAAUAGUAAAAUCAACGAGAAAUGAUCAAAGAACACCCAGCCACCUGAAUAACACCAACUCAAUAUUUUGUAACUUGCAACACGACAUUAAGUGCAAAGAAGUGAUAUACCAAAACCAAGAACAUAUUCAGUGUGGCAGCAGAUUACAUUCUUCAGCAGUUACUGAAAAACAACCAAUCUAUCAAAAUAGCCAUCACGCCUUGAAACGAAUCAAUUGGAACAAACAAGGUGUCAAAGAGGAAGUAAUAUAUGAAAACACAUAGCCGGACUAUAGCCCGGAUUCAAACCUCCCCGGACAAGGU